AUGCGCAUCCUUAUCGUUGUUGCUCUCCUUGCCCUGGUCGCUGUAGCUACCGCUCAGAGGUCUGGAGGUCCCCCGGGAGGUCGUCCAGGAGGACCACCACCUAGGGGUCCUGGAGGUCAACCCAGUGGUCCUGGAGGUCCUGGAGGUCCUGGAGGUCCUGGAGGUCCUCCCAGUGGUCCUGGAGGUCGCCCGAACGGUAAUUCUACAGAGCCUCCACCUUCCGAGGCUCCAUCCUCAGAGGCUCCAUCCUCCGAGGCUCCAUCCGCCGACUCCACCUAA